UGCUCCCUCCCGGAAGCAGGUAGGAGACCGUAUAAAUCAAAGGUCCCUCGGGCCCAUCAGCAGGUCAACGUCAACAGUUCCUCCAAGGACACUGAGAUGAAAACACAAGAGCCAACCGCAAGUCUUGGGCAGACCUUGGAGUGGCUGAGAAAGGAGCUGGCAGAGAUGCAAGUUCAAGACCAGAGACUCCUGCUCACACUGAGGCAUCUUCACAGUGUCCUGGAGGAGCUGCGCACUGAGAGUGUCCACUGGGAGGACUCCAGGUCCAGUGGAGGGACGUCCCCCGUCAGAGCUCGAGCAGGCUCUGAAACCAGGGGCCGUCCUCCCAUCUCUACCAAGAGGCUCGCCCAGCUCCUCCAAGGGGCGGACAGCAGACGAAGCUCCCUCCCUUAACUGGCUGGGCUGACCCCCCCCCCCCCCCCGCUUGAACCUUCCCACCACUUGUCCAAACUUUGUGAUGUUGCUGGGGGGAGAGCACUGCAGUGGGAGUCAGGGAGCCAGGGCUCUGGGUUCUUCUCUGCCGUCAUCCACGGUGUAUCCCUAAACCUGUCACUCAACUCUUCUGUUGCUCCUCCAGGUUUUUGGUGAGUCACAAAUAAGGUAUCAGAUGUUGACUUGCUUCUCAAACACUGGCCUCUGGCCAGCACCAGGACAGCGAUCUCCUCAAGGUGAUCAUUAGAACAGAGAAAGAACUCAGUGUGUGCCCAGGAUGUCUCCUGUUACUAUGGUGAAAAACAGACCCCGCCCCAUCAUAGUGACUCCGCAAUUGUUUUCUGUCUUCCCAGGAGGCCUCCCCUUUCCUCUGUCUGAAAGCCACAGACCCCAUUACCAAU